AUGCAGGUUGCUUCGUCUUUUACAUACACGCCAACGUGUGAUGCCAUUGAUCGCCAUGAUUAUGGCGUCUCAAAGAACCGAAAGCCGGCUUCGACUGGUGGUGGCAGGGCAUGGAGCGAUGAUGAGGAGGUCUAUCUGCUGCAGACGCGUCUCCAAAAAAUGCCAUACAAGCACAUCGCGGCACACCUCAAGAAAACAGAGCUCGCCUGCCGCCUCCACUAUCACCAACUGAGCCAUGGCAGCAACCGCCGGAAGCGCACUACGAGCGUCUCAUCCGCUUCCUCCGGUGGUUGUCACUCCCCCAUCCUCUCGGCCUCUGUUCCGUCACCUAUCCACGAAUAUUCGCCGACGCCUUCACCUCCCGGCAGCUCCGACAGCUACGGAUCCGAUCCCAGUGGGCUGCAGCUUCCCAGUAACAUGGCUGCUGCUGUCAGUAGUGGUUCUAGCGUGUCUUCCCCUCGCCUGCCAACUAUCCUGCCGAAGCCGGCUUCCAUGGCGCUACCUCUGGUCAUGGGGCCCUCAGCUGUACCUCGCACCUAUUCCCCGUCUUUGAGCGAUGGAUCUCCCUUGGUUUCGUCGUUGCAGAGCGCAUCUCUUCUUCCGGCCGCCACAUUUUCAUCCUCUUCCCCAUCGCACUCGGCGCCUGGGAUCCCUGGAGUACCAAAUCUCCGCCUGGAUUGCACUUCCCUGCCACCCGCACCUCAUCCGUUUUCUGGUCUACACAAGCCAAUUGACAUGACUCGGCUGCAGGCUGUCUAUAUGGUCCACCGGCUCAGUUUCUGGGAUAAGAUUGCCACUGAUUAUGGGUCUAGAACCAGCCCAUUGGUUUUAGAGCAAGCCUGGCGCGCAGGAAGCAUGGUGCCUGGAAUCGGGAUUCAUCACCAGCAAACAGCGACACCGUUAACCCCAGGCACAACUCCUGAUGACCGGGAUUUAUUUUACAGUGUGAAGGGUUCCCAGGACAAGACACGAAUCUCUGCCAUCUUGGGCAUUGAUGCCAAUCCGAGGAGCCCAAAGGAGCGUGAGUUGGUGCGUAAACUGGAAGAGGAAAGAGCCACUGCACCUACAGUUGCAUAA